GAGAGUGUGGCAACCUCUUCCCACGUGGUUAGCAUGUGGAUAAGGUGGGUUAAGGGGAGAUCGAGGCGGCGAGCACACACACACACACACCAUGUUAUUACAGUCUGCAACUCUCCCCGGCGGCGGGUAUCACACCCUGGCUUCUUCAUACUACCGGACCAGCCAAAAAAUUCUUAUCUCUAGCAGCCCCAUCCUUCCUCCUCUCCAGAAGGCCAAGGCUUCUUCCCCAUUCGUUUGUCUCAGAGUAGGUACUGUGGACAUCGCUCAAAUCGCUCAUAACAAGGUUCUGAUAGCAGCGGCGGUGUCUGCGGCAGUCGCGCAGUUCUCUAAGCCUUUCAGUUCCGCCUUUCUGUACGGAAACAACAUCGAUUUCAAGGCUGCUGUCCAGGCAGGAGGCUUUCCUUCCUCCCAUUCCUCUACGGUGGUGGCUGCUGCAACAACCCUUGCCCUUGAAAGGGGUUUCUCAGAUUCAAUAGUUGGAUUAACAAUUGUUUAUGCUGGCCUUGUCAUGUAUGAUGCUCAGGGUGUGAGAAGGGAAGUGGGAAAUCAUGCAAGAUUACUAAACAAAAUGCAUUGCAGGAGCCAGGUGAACUCAAUACCAUCCAAGGAUGCAGAUGAUUUAAUCAACUCGCAACAAGAGAGAUCUUCCUUUGUUUUGGGGAGCCAUGGUCCCAAGUUAUCUAAUGAAGAUAGUUGUUGUGCACCUAAAUCAUCAAAGGCUCCUGUAUUAAUUCAACCAGACCAAAGCAUGAGGGAAAGUAUUCCCAUGCAACGGCCCUCCAGCAUAGCAGCUGAUGUUGAAGAAGGAUUAGAAGAAGCUGCUGGCAGCUCCAGUAUUUCGUUAAAAGAAUCAAUUGGGCAUACACAAUUUGAAGUGGUAGCUGGUGCUUUGUUGGGUUUCUUUGUUAGCUUGGUAGUAUGUGCAAUAAUGUAAUUUGCUGCUCUUUUCUUAAAAUUUUGAUAUUUUAUUUUUAUUAUUUUUGGCAUAAUGAAAUUAAUUUUUCACAUAAAUUCAAAAAAUCGAAAGCUAUGUUUAUAUUAUCUUGUAAUAAUCUUUACCUUUCCUAUAAAAGGGAUUUAAGAGAAAUUUUAAAUCAGGUUUUGAAUCUUAA